CAUCAAUAUAAAACGUGAAAAAUAUACGAAUUAAAUUUACUUUCAAUACCAAUACCAAUAACCUAACCUGCCAACUAACCAGAAAAACAACUUUCAAUUUCAGUCUGUGUCAAAUAUAAAAAAAAAUUAUUCGAUUUUCGUAAUAGUAAAGAGAUUAUUAUACAAUAUUGUAAUAAAUACAAGCGCGCAAUUUUUGCGAUCAGUCCAGGUACUUAACAUACACUUAUAUCCGAAUGAAUGGGCAAUUUCAAAGUGUGAACUCAACCGUUUUGUGCUUAGCUUUGUGUACACAUUGUUUCAUUUUCGAUAAUUUAGUUUUACAUUCGGACAAAAGUUUCAUUGUACCAACAACAGUGAUAAGGGUGUAAAGAUAGUGCAAUAUACACAAACAUAAGUGCGUUGAUAGUUUUCAAAAUAAACUCAAACUUUGAUUGUGCGACUCUUCAAUUAGCAAGGUCUACAAAAAAAAACAUUUUUCAAGGUGAAGAAUCUCACUCAAAUUCCAUCGUAUAUUUUGAACAUUUCACUUUGUGCUACAUAAUUUGUUGAUAAAUAAUUGACUCCUGCGGUCUGCUUUGUGGUUCACUAAACUAUCGCCUCGAAAAUUAAACGUGACCACAAAUGAUAAGAUGUGACGGAUGUUGUCUUAUUACUUGUUUGUGUUGGGUAGCGAAUGUGUAGUGUAGUUUUGAUCAUUGUAAGAUGCAUCACUCGAUGUCUUUUGAUUGGACGACAAAUGUUGGGGACUUCUUCUUUAAAGGUUUAACGAUAAAUACAGCGGGAUCAUUUACUGCACUGUGCGCUGUAUUGAUAAUAUUAUCGUUAACAUAUGAACUGAUGAAGGUACACGCAGCAAAAGUACGUGCUCGCACCGCUCGUGAACGACUCCGUUCGGCUUCGUGUGCACCCAGUGAAACUGCCACGCUUAUUACAUCCAACUCAACCACUUUCGGGCGGCAACAAUUUCCACAACAAUUGGCCAAACUAUCUGCCGAAGCUGCCGUUUUCCUGCUGCAUAACACAUUGGGCUAUGCUCUGAUGUUGUCGGUAAUGAUCUACAAUGGGUACCUGUUCAUCACGGUUGUAUUGAGCAUGGGACUUGGAUAUUUCCUAUUCGGACACAUAUCGAUGAAAGUGAAUAUGGAAAAUAUGCAGGCGCGCACGACAAAUGUUAUCUGUGCACCGAUUUGCCCGGAAGAACCAACAAGUAGUUCAUCCAGUCGUCCAUCAGGCCAUUGCGAAUUGACCAAUGAAACGCCAACUGUAUUGAGGGAGAUACAAGGCAGCUCAUCUUGUGAAAGCAAUAUAACGGAUUCUUGCCGGUUGUAGUAUUAAAUGAUAUCUGAAUCACUAGAGUUUAUGCAUCAAUUUCAACAAUUAUUAUGGUUUAUCGUUCAGGUUAACCACAGUGAAUACAUAUUAUAUAUAGCUCAACCAAAAUUAUUACGAUAUUAUUACGAUAUAAUUCUCUACGCAUCAUCAGUGAUAGUGAUUUUAUUCCUGUGUGAAUUUACAUUUUAGAUUUUAAGAGAUUUUAAAUUUUUAUAUAAAACGAAUAACGGAAUAACGGUUUUCGUUGUAUGAGUUCUUUUCUUCUUCAUUUGUUGAAAUAAUUUGUUUGUGUAAAUAAAUGUUGUAUUAUUGCCAUUGA